AUGAACCCCGACAAAUUUAAAGCGAAACGUUUUUUCGACGUCGAAAAUGAUUUCAGCGAUGCAGACCCUGGGAAUGCUUUUAGCGAUGCAGACCCUGUGAAUGCUUUUAGCGAUGAAGACCCUGUGAAUGCUUUUAGCGAUGGAGACCCUGAUGUAAAUGAUUUCAGCGAUGCAGACCCUGGGAAUGACGAAACAUUUGUUACGUUAAGCGAUGUAAAAAGAAAACGAAUAGCAAGUGACGCUGAGUCAACACUCAAAAAAAAGACUCAAAAUGCCAAGGGAUACCGGAAUACAGCAAAUCCAAAUAUAACAAAACGGGCACGCUUGUCUGUUCCAUUGUCAUUAGAAAAUGCGAACCAACAAAAACCACCGACUGAAAACUAUUCCGAUGAUGUAGAGUUCUAUGAGGAAUCAAUUAACGUAGCCACAGAAACGGAGGCGACGUCAGUGCACGAAGCCGUUAAUCAGAACAUAGAAAAAUAUUUAUUGGACGCCGUUCACGUGAAAGUCGAUUUGAACGAACAAUUUGUUCAAGCCCGAUCGAAAGCUCUCAAGACCCAGAAACAGAUUAAAAAGAUUCAGUUGAUCGAGAUACCGGAAGGAGAAGAAGACCGUAUGCUCAAAAUUGACGAAACCUACAAGGAGUUCGUUCAUCGCACAAGAAAAUUAUUCAAGAACUUUGUAGUAAUUUGGGACGCUACGAUACACCCCGACCAUUAUUGGAGACAUUUUAUACAAAUCGUGAAUUUUAGUACAACGUUAAGUCUAGUGCAACUUCACGCUUUCAUUCUGCCACAAUACGGUCACGAAGAGAUAAUUCAGUACAUCUUGUGGAUCAAUUCCCAUAGCGUUUCCCCAAUAGAAACAAGUGCGGAUGAAAUUGAACGUGACAACGAUCCAGAUGAUGAAUUCGAAUUAAACUAUUCGACCAAGGACAAUUUAGAAUUAUCCCAACAAGCGCAUUUCAUUUUGAAAUAUUACUGGAGAAAGGCAACGAUGAUUGACCAACUAAGUCGGCAGUUGCGUUUUUGUACUUGGUGGUACUAUUUGUUUUUGGAACGUAAAUCUUUGCAUCAUAUCGCCGAUCCGCUAGUCAAAUUUAAUCGAGUACUGAGCGUCCUGUAUAUGCGCGAUUUGGCCGAAAAAUCUAAAUGGAUCGGAAAGGCGAAAGCAGCAAGCAAUACCGAUUUAAAGGAACUUUCUAAAGUAAUGGGAGCCGUGAUGCCAGCAGAACUGUUGUCCCAAAAUGUCUUGAGAUGUGUGAAGAAUUCAUCGUUGUGGAAAACGAACGAAAAUUACCUUUCAAUGUUAACGAAUUAUUUAGAUGUCGUCAACGCAUAUUUUUGGUGCUCUCAAGCGAAACGUCACUUUGACAAUGGCAAUUACGUUCCCCAUGGUAUCAAUUUGACCCGCAUAUUUGCCCAAAUGGGAAUGGUUCUAAAAAAAUUCGAUAUUGUGCUCAACGACGUGCAAGGCAGUAAACGGGCUAUAGUCGAUAAAUUUGUCGCUUGGAAGCGAAGCUCGGUGUAUGAAGCAAAUCUACAAAAUGUUAUGUUGGAUAUAUUUGAACAUAACCUACCUUGCCUCGACACAGACUUUGCACGCGAAAAUGCGUCAGAUUUGGAUGUUCGUAUUUUCCAGACACUUCCUAUGGAACUCGAAAUUUUGAGCGGGUUUAUCGCAAAUUCGAUGAUUCCGUUUGUCAAGGAGUUGUAUGCCAUGUUGUUGCCGUCCCUGCUAUUGUAUAAUCCGUUAGCUCAAUCGAACUAUUCGUUAGUUUUGAACAAAGCUAAUCCCAUCGAUGUGACGAAAGAACCAAUUUUCGAAUACGAAAAUAUAGCCGAAAAUGAGACGUUGUUUUACGAACGCGUGUACGUUCCAUCAAAAAUCACGUUUAGCGAUUUUGACAAUAUGUGCAAAAAGUUGACACGUAAUCAAUGCUUGAAGUUGCUAGACCAUCCCCUAAUUCUACGAGCGUGCAAUGUUAUCAUCAGUAUGGCGGUGGCAUUUGGCCGAAAAUGUUUAACCAAUUUUUUCGUCUAUUAUUUUGGUGAGAAACGCGUAGGUAAAGGACGCCGAGCCCGAUAUUUGCAAGAGUUGUUUUUUACCGAAUUCUCUCGCAUUGAUGAAAAUGAACAGACGUCAAAUUCUCAGUUGGCCCCGCAAUCCUCGUCAAAUCAAUAUGUAGCCGUUCUUUCCUAUCUGCUAGCUCAAAUGUCAUCUGAUAACAAUGAAAUAGACGACGAUAAUUCCCAACAGAAUGAACCGACAGAAUCGACUUCAUUAAAUUUACUAGACACCUAUUCAGAAGAUAUUUGUCUUGAUCGUCUCGAACAAAAUGUUGUCGAAAUGCGUCGUUCUACAUUUUUGAAAUGUAUUCGUGCCGAAGGUAACAAAGUAUCGUUAGCCAACCUAGAUCGACAGAUUUUAGUCUUUUUGGUUCGCAACGUAUUGUUGUUGUUGCGCAAUUCUUCAGACGACGAUCGAAUAUUGGGCGAUAAUGGUUCUAUUGCGAUUUUGCGACGGUGUCGUUUGACAGUGUUACAAGAUCUACGGAAGAGCGAAUCCUUUCAACCCGGAAUCAUAUUUCGUUCACAAGAUUUAACAGACGCCUAUAUCAAAUUCAUAUUGCCCAUAUGUCAAGAAAUAUUGGGGCUGUGUCAGACGAAAUUCCUGAAGCCAGUGACGCCCGGUUUGAGUUAUGAAGAUGCAAAACGACUCUGGGACGAAAUCGAAGACGACCUCAAAUCAGUGGCGGCCGCAUCAAUUUUUCUCUAUCCGUACUGUUUCGAUAAUUCGCAGGUGUUUGAUUUUUUGUUAAAGUACCUCAAAGGCCACGAGAUCCCAGGCCAAUGGCACAAGAAAGUUUUACUUUUGUACGGCAACAGUGAUAGUGGUAAAACGUAUUUUCUCAAUUUGUUACGAAAUGUCUUUAAAACCGGAGACAAUUAUGUUAUUUCGUGCGGAUCUUUGGCCAAAACCUCGGGUGAUUUGAAUCAAAUAAUCAACCCGUUUUCUGAGAACCUAAUGCUUAUCAGUGAGGAACCUAAAACAAUGGACAUUUCAACGUUGAAGCAAUUAGUUAGUGCGGGGCCGGUAGGCUCUAGACAAAUGUUUAGCGAGAACUACGUUUCGAAAUUUGUAAACGCCAAGCUGUGGUGUUCCUCGAAUACGAUCCCUGUAAUUUUUAACUGUGAUCAGGGUGCGGAUACUCGAUUUUUGGUCCUACAUUUUAAACACAAGUUUUUACAACUGGGAAAGUUCGGUCAAAUAUCGAAUGACAGAGUGGCUCCUCCAGAGAUUGCAUUGCAAAUAACUCGUAAGAGGUAUAUUCAAGGAGUCGACGACUGUGCCAUCAUUAAAGGUUUCUAUUUGCUGCUUAGAACACAUUUACUAAACAUAGUUUGCGAAGAGAACGGCAUAAUCAAUUUGUUGGUGCCAAAAAUUAUUGAGGAAGAAACUGCACGUGUUUUGUGUCAAAUGGACCAGUAUCUCCAAUUCAAGAAAGAUAUCGAGGUGCUUGCUGAUUCGACACAUGUAACAACGACCGCUAAACUGAAAGGCGUAAUAAAGCUUUGGAUGAAAACCAAUUGCUUUACCUCCAAUAACAUCAAUACCACAAUCAAUACGUUUCUUAACCGUUUUCGUGAAGACUAUUACCAUUUACUGACAGCCGAUGGACACGAAAAUUAUCAUUGCUUAAUUGAAUUGAGUGGAAAAAAAAUGUGA